AGCUCUCUCCACUAAUGAAUGAAUCCAUUAUAAGAGUCCAACAGAAACUGAAAAAUGACCUGAAGAAGAAGUUUGAAUGCAAAUUUGAAGAUCUAACAAAUCAGGGCCACCCAGCCCUCCUCAAUGAGAUGGAUACAGAGCUCUACAUCACAGAGGGGGGAAGUGGGGGGUUGGCAUCUCAGAGACAAACCACACAGGAGACUGCAGUCCUCUGCAAGGACAUCUUUAAACCUUUACCUGGCCAAAGCAAAGCUAUUAGAACUGUGCUGACAAAUGGGAUCUCCGGCAUUGGAAAAACUGUCUCUGUGCAGAAGUUCAUUCUCAACUGGGCAGAAGGAAAAGCCAAUCAGGACGUUAGCUUUAUCUUCCCUCUUCCUAUUCGAGAUCUGAAUUUGAAAAAGGGGAGAAAAUUCAGUCUGAUGCAACUUCUCCAGCACUACUUUCCAGAACUGAAAGAGAUUCAAAGUGUUGAGCAUGAUGAAGUCAAAGUUUUGUUCAUCUUUGAUGGUCUGGAUGAGUGUCGCCUUCCUCUAGAUUUCCAGAACAGUGAGAUCUUGGGUGAUGUAACAAAAUCAACAUCAGUGGAUGUCUUGCUGGUAAACCUCAUUAAGGGAAAUUUGCUUCCGUCUGCUCUCCUCUGGGUCACCUCCCAACCAGCAGCAGCCAGUCAGAUCCCUCCUGUGUGUGUCCACCGGGUGACAGAGUUACGAGGAUUCAAUGACUCACAGAAGGAGGAGUACUUCAGGAAGAGAAUCAGUGAUCAGAACCUGGCCAGCAGCAUUAUCUCACACAUGAAGUCAUCCAGGAGUCUCUACGUCAUGUGUCACAUUCCAGUCUUCUGCUGGAUUUCUGCUACUGUGCUGGAGAAACUGAUGGGUGGAGCUGACAAUGGAGAAAUCCCCAAAACUGUGACUGGAAUGUACACACACUUCCUGCUCAUUCUGACCAAUGUGAAGAAUCUGAAGUAUCAUGGCUCCAAUGAGUCUCCAAAGGAGAUGUCAAUAUCAGACUCAGAAAUCAUCCUUAAACUGGCACGGAUGGCUUUUCUGCAGCUGGAAAAGGGAAAUCUGAUAUUCUAUAAAACAGACCUGAGAGAAUGUGGCAUUGAUGUCAGCAAAGCAUCAGCCUACUCUGGCGUGUGCACAGAAAUCUUUAAAGAGGAGUCUGGGUUGCAUCAGGAGAAAGUCUACUGCUUUGUGCAUCUGAGCAUUCAGGAGUAUCUGGCUGCCUUGUUUGUGUUUCAUUCAUGCGUAAAUGAGAAGAGAAAUGUACUCAAAUCUGUCAAAUCAAAACCUCCAGGUGACAGAGUGCAGCUGUCUGAGUUACACAUAGGUGCAGUGGAUCAGGUAUUACAGAGCAAGAAUGGACAUCUAGACCUUUUCCUCCGAUUCCUUCUUGGCCUCUCAUUGGACUCCAAUCAGAGCCUUCUGCAAGGCCUUCUGACACAGACAGGAAGCAGAUCACAGAGCAUCGAGGAAACAGUAAAGCACAUUAAGGAGAAGAUCAGAGAUGAAUCUUCAGUAGAGAGGAGCAUCAAUCUGUUCCACUGUCUAACUGAACUGAAUGACAACUCUCUGGUGGAGCAAAUCCAGAUUUCCCUGAAAUCAGGAAAACUUUCUGAUAAAAAGCUGGAACCACGCCAAUGUUCAGCUCUGGCCUUUGUGUUGCUGAUGUCACAGGAGGUCCUGGAUGUGUUUGACUUGAAGACAUACAAAACAUCAGCAGCAGGCCAUCGGAGACUGUUACCAGUAGUCAAGAACUGCAGGAAGGCCAUACUGGACAGCUGUAACCUGACAGAGACGUCAUGUGACACUGUGGCCUCCGCUCUCCAGUCAGUCCCCUCACACCUGAUAGAGUUAGACCUGAGCUACAAUGAGCUGGGAGAUUCAGGACUGAAGCGACUCUGUGCUGGACUGAAGAGUCCAAAGUGUAAACUACAGAGACUGAGACUGGACAGCUGUAACCUGACAGAGACGUCAUGUGACACUGUGGCCUCCAUUCUCCAGUCAGUCCCCUCACACCUGAUAGAGUUAGACCUGAGCUACAAUAAGCUGGGAGAUUCAGGAGUGAAGCGGCUCUGUGCUGGACUGAAGAGUCCAAACUGUAAACUACAGAGACUGAGACUGGACAGCUGUAACCUGACAGAGACGUCAUGUGACACUGUGGCCUCCGCUCUCCAGUCAGUCCCCUCACACCUGAUAGAGUUAGACCUGAGCUACAAUAAGCUGGGAGAUUCAGGAGUGAAGCGGCUCUGUGCUGGACUGAAGAGUCCAAACUGUAAACUACAAAGACUGAGGCUGUCAGGCUGUCGAAUCACAGAGAGAGGCUGUGCUUCUGUGGCUUCAGCUCUGCGUUCAAACCCCUCACACCUGAGAGAGCUGGAUCUGAGCUACAAUCACCCAGGGGACUCGGGAGUGAGAGCGCUCUCUGCUGGACUGGAGGACCCCAGCUGUAAACUGGAGACGCUGCUAGUGGACCAUGGAGGAGAGAACAGGAACAAACCAGGACUGCGUAAAUAUGCCUGUCAGCUCACACUGGACUCCAACACAGCACACAGAUACCUGUCUCUGUCUGAGGGGGACAGGAAGGUGACAAACACGUGGGAGCAGCAGCCAUAUCCUGAUCACCCAGACAGAUUUGACUGCUGGUACCAGCUGCUGUGCAGAGAGGGUCUGUGUGGGACUUGCUGUUACUGGGAGGCUGAGUGCAGUGGCGGUGGGGAGGUUUUUAUAGCAGUGACAUAUAAAGGAAUCAGCCGGAAAGGACGAGGUGAUGACUGUGUGUUUGGAAGGAAUAUAAACUCCUGGAGACUGCGCUACUCUAAUGGCCGUUACUCUUUCAGGCACAAUAAUAAUGUCACAGACAUACCCCCUCCCCCCUCCCCCUCCUGCAGAGUAGGAGUGUAUCUGGACUGGCCGGCUGGCACUCUGUCCUUCUACAGCGUCUCCUCUGACACACUGACCCUCCUGCACAGAGUCCACAGCACCUUCACUCAGCCACUCUAUCCUGGGUUUUGGGUUUCCACCCGUGACACCUCAGUGUCCCUGUGCCAACUGGAGUAG